UGCAAGUCCUGUGGGCCGGAACUUGUUGACAUAUAAGAAUCCAGCAAGGCCCACAACAAACCUCCCAGCACCCACAUCAAACCUCAGACACUUCAAAUCUUCAAAUCACCCGCAAUGGACACACCAGACUACGAAACCGAAAAGGCCAAGAUGCUCCGCGGCGAGCUCUACCGCGCCUUCACUCCGGGCCUGAUCACCGCCCGCCACCGCUGCAAAGUCGCGGUGCAUGCGUUCAACAACGCCGGGAUCGUCUCGCGACGGCGGCAGGUUGAGCUCUGGAGAGCGAUAGUGGAGGACGCCCGCCGCCUCCCACCGCCGGCCCCCACUCCAGAAGAAGAUGAGGCGCUCUUCGAGCACGAACCAUGGGUGGAAAGCCCCAUCCGCAUGGACUAUGGGUUUAAUGUAAGCGUCGGCGCGGGCACGUUCAUCAACUUCAACUGCACGAUCAUCGACACCUGCCGCGUGGUGAUCGGGGAGCGGUGUCUGUUUGGCCCGAAUGUGAGUCUCUACACGGGACUACAUCCGCUGGACGGGGAGGUGCGGAAUGGCACGGCCGGGCCGGAGUGGGGCAAGGAGAUUCAUAUCGGCGAUGAUUGCUGGUUGGCCGGGGAUGUGAAGAUUCUGGCAGGGGUGACGGUCGGAAAGGGGUCGACGGUUGGGGCGGGGAGUGUCGUUACUAAAGUAAGUUAUCUUCGUUUCUUUAUGGUGAUGGAGGUUCGGUUGCUGAUGGCUGUUGUAGGACGUACCGCCGUAUUGUGUGGUGGUUGGGAAUCCGGCACGGGUUUUGAGGUAUCUCAAGGGGAGUCCGCAUUAUAAGGAGGAAGGAACGUCGGGUUGAUGCAUUUAGUCGAGGUAUAGUAUAGAACCAAAGGGUAGAGCCUGGUCUUAGUUAGUAUAUUGGAAGCUGAGAAGUAGAUGUUAUCUAUUGGUUAGUAGUGGAC